CCUCUAGCUUUUGAUGAAGACCUCUCAGCGGUGGAACUAUGUCUUUUUCUUAGUGCUUGUCAUACUAGUCUUGAGUAGAUAUACAGAGGCAGUCACUAGCAAAGAAAGUGCAAACCUUGAGAGUAUCCCUGUUCUACUACAACUGGAACAAAAAAAUAUUGACGAGUUGGAGAGAUUAUUAGUGGGUAUUUCUCAUCCCAAAAGUCCUCUAUAUGGAAGACACUUGAAAGCAGAAGAUAUAGCAGACAUUAUUGCUCCUUCCGAAACAGAGAUGAAUAACAUAAUCAGAGGAUUGGAGGAGUUAGGAGCAUCGUCCAUUCAAGUGCAUAGGACGAAGGACUACAUUUCAUGCCAAUUUCCACCAUCUGUUUUUGACCGUCUAUUUCAGCGUGAAGAAAGAACAGAACAUGUUGGUACAGAGAAAGUUAGAAUGUCCAUUCAUAAACCAAGAAAAGAGUCACCUUCUGACGUUGUUAAGCGAUAUGUGAAGCUUGCAUAUAACUUGCAAGAUAGUUUAUCAGAAAGUCGUCAUACUUUAUUAGCAGCACUCGCAAGCAGAAGAAGAGAAGAAAUUUCUCAAGGGCUCUCUAAUCUAGAGCAAAAAAGUCGUCAAAAAUUCGAAACUUAUCGUAGGCGAGCUCCUCAUGUAGCAGAGAACGUAUUAGGGGGGCAUAAUGAUCUUUCUCCUUUUCUUCCACCACCUAUUCCGCUUUUCAAUACACUUUCUACUUCAGAUAAUGGUUUCUAUCUUUUGGUUGUUCCGGUUUGUGCAGAUAAUCAAUUGUCUCAUUAUGAAGAUGACAGUAAACAUCCAUUUAGUUGUUAUGACACAGAUGUGUCGAUUGAAAAAGUGAUUAUCUACGCAAAGGAUGCACACAAUUCCAGUCUGUCUGUAACGAAGACAUUCGAAGGGAAAGAACUGUCGAAAUAUUCUUACAAUUUGAAGCGUUGGUGUAAGGAGGUUUAUGAAUCGGAUCCCGUAGCCUUUAUGAAUUAUGCAGGAUACUGUGAAAAGAAGAUGCUGGACGAAUCUCCUGAUAUAGGCGUUAUGGUAAUUCCUCUUCCAGGUACCGAUGGCGCAUUCUUCGAUGAAUAUGUUCCCAUACAAUUAUAUGCAGCUACCAAGUUUUCUAAUGACUUAGAGUCUGCUUUUGUUGCAGCCAGUGGAAGUAGCUCAGCUCCUACAGCUGAGCCAUAUACAUUUAUGUAUGGUCAAGCAGAUAUUCCUCCAGUAGUUCGAAAGUCUUAUGAUAUUCCUCCUUAUGAUAAGAAGCUAAAAGUCUUUCACAACAACACCAUUAUGGCUGCUAUUGGUUGUGGUUUGAAUUACUUCUUCAAUCCUUCUGAGUUGGACUACUUUUUACAUACUUUUGGACAGGAGAGUGUGCAUGUAAAGGUCAUAGAGAAUCCUUUGUUUCCAGUGAAGAACAACCCAGAUGAUCCUGGUGUAGAGCCCUCAUUGGACAUUGAACAACAAAGUAGCUUGGCGUACAUGUCGGAGCAUUUUUUCAUGCCGAGCAAUACCAAACAUUGUUCAACUUAUCUAGAGAACAUAUUGUACUACGUGGGAAUCAAUGAGUUGAGCGAUGAUCAUUUACCUCUAGUAAUAUCGCAAAGCUCAGCAUUUGUUACACCCGAUAACUUAUUACCCUCGGAGUUUAUUCAGGCUACCAAUGUGGAGUUUCUAAAACUUGCCGUUCGUGGAGUCACUUAUGCUGUAUCUGCUGGAGAUUGGGGAGCUUCAGGUCGUUAUGAAGAUGGAAACUUUGGAUGCUAUCCUUACAUGGCCCCUAUUUAUCCUGCCUCUUCCCCUUUUGUUACUAGUGUAGGAGCUUCUCAGCCCUUAUUACAAAUAGAAAAUGGAGAGAAAAAGAUUUUAACUCAAGUUUGUAGUGCAGACCAAGGCGGUAUUAUCACCGGAGGUGGUGGACAUAGUUGGGUACAAGAGAUUCCUUUCUAUCAGAAAGAAGCAGUUGCAGCUUAUCAAAAACAGUUGUAUCAAGUGAACACUGACAAUCUAUUUCCACCAAAUGGCUCUUACAAUCCACAUGGAAGAGGUUAUCCUGAUGUUGCACUGUUUGGUUGGAACACUCCCGUAUAUACUGAACAGCCGGCACAAUGGGUUGGUGUUGGAGGAACUUCUAUUUCAGCUCCCAUGUUUGCUUCGAUGGUUUCCAUGUUGAAUUAUGAACGUCUUUCACGAGGAAUGCCUCCGAUGGGAUUCAUUAAUCCUUUCUUAUACUAUGCUGCAGAAGUUAUGCCAGAAGCUUUCUUAGAUAUAACUAUUGGAAAUAAUCGUUGCACAGAAUUUGGAAAUCCUUGUUGUUUGUUGGGAUUCCCUGCUUUGAAAGGCUGGGAUCCAGCAUCAGGUUUGGGUUCUCCUCUAUAUGAGCAUUUGUUGAAACUUGCAUUAAGUGUUUCAAGUUGAAAUCUUUUGUGUUUAUUAAACUUCUGUUUUAUUUUGAUGUGAAAUUUGUAGUCUAUUUGUUUUCUAAGGUUUUGAAUAGCAUUCGUUUGAUCGACUAUUU